AUGAUGAGGAAAACGUGCCAACCGAAAAACAAUGUUGAAGAUGAGAAAAUAGAUCCUAUAUCCGACGGCGUGUUUCUGGAAGACAAGAACGUUAUGUGCUAUAUUGCGUGUAUUAUGAAAAUGGCUAACGCUAUAAAAAAUGGUAAACUGAAUUAUGAAGCGGCAUUAAAGCAAGCCGAUUUAUUAUUGCCAGAUGAAAUAAAGGAACCCACGAAAGCUGCUAUUACUGCGUGCAGGAAAGUGGCCGACUCAUACAAGGAUAUAUGUGAAGCAUCGUUCCAUGUUACUAAAUGUAUGUACAACGAGAAUCCUUCUGUAUUCUUCUUUCCUUAA